GGGUAACAAAGCAUAUCCGGAGUUUUACGGUACGAAGGGGUCAAACAGUUUCGGAAGCGUGUAUUUGAGUUAAGUCCGACGCACAGUUUAGGAGUGAAUAUUCGCUUUGUUGUUCACAAAUAAACGGGGGUUUAACCUGUAUCCGUCGCGUUUGUACUUAACAGGUUAGCUAGUACGCAGAAUGCACUCGACGCUUGCUAGCUAAAGUUGGUGCUGUUGUGUGUUUCUGAGCUAAUGCAUGAAGUUUUGUGCAGCUCUGCAGAGCAUUAUCUACCAAGUUAGCUGCUAAGUCGUUUCUUCGGUGUGUGUUUUUGGGAACGGGUGCGCCAUGCUUCAGUGCGUGUGCCGCCGUCCAGCCCCUGUUGUGGCUGGAAAUACAGGGGGGUCCCUGAGCAGGAGGUCCUUCAGUGCAAAUACCGAAAGGUUACCACUGUGGCUGAACAGGACUAAAGGCCUGCUGUUGUCUUGGCUGCAAAGGGCAAAUGCUGGUCCCAGCCCAGCGCGAGCUGGUCAAACCAGGAACGGAUUACUAUCUUUAUUUGCUGAUCACUGCAGCUUCUUGACUGGCCAAAGGAUCCGGCGUGCUUUCCAGAUCGGCGAGUAUUACUCCAACCUGUACUCUGAACGGACCAAGGCGACCCUGGUUGGGAGCAUAUGGCGCAGGUUUCAGAACAGGCACGCCCCCCGGUGGAAAGCCAUGGCUGCCCUGGCUGGUGUCUUCAUGUGGGAGAAAGAGAAGAUUCAAGAUGAGGAUAUUCGCAGGUGUGGAGAGGAGCUACAGGAACUGGAGACUGUAAAACGUGUCCACCAGUCCUCAGGGACUGUAGCUGGACCCUUAGAACCUGACUGGGAGGUUGUGACAGAGAGAAAGGAUUUAACAGUGUGGAAGCGGCCUCUACCCGACAGUUCAAUGCAUGAAUACAAAGUGUUGGGAACAUAUGACGACAUUACACCAAGGCAGUUCUUCAAUGUUCAGUUGGACACGGAGUACAGGAAGAAGUGGGAUUCUCUGGUUAUCAAACUGGACGUGGUGGACAGAGAUGCCAAUACAGGAUCUGAGGUUGUACACUGGGCAACACACUUCCCGUAUCCCAUGUGUUCGAGGGAUUAUGUGUAUGUGCGGCGCUACAGUGUGGAUGUUGAAAACAACCUCAUGGUCCUGGUGUCCAGAGCUGUGCAGCAUCCUCGAGUCCCAGAGACUAAGGAAUAUGUGCGAGUUCACACCUACCAGUCAAAAAUGGUCAUUCGACCUCACAAGUCCUUUGAUGAGAAUGGAUUUGAUUACCUGCUUACUUACAGUGACGACCCUCAGACUGUUUUCCCGCGUUACUGUGUGAACUGGAUGGUGUCAAGCGGCAUGCCCGAGUUUCUGGGGAAGCUGCAUGCUGCUGCAUUAAGGGCCAAGAACCUGGAAGUUGGGAUCUAUGACUAUGCAGGUGUCAUUCGAGCCAGUGACACCAACAGCCAGCCAAGCAAGGAAAGGCUCACUAAGGAAAACGUGCCCACAGGCAGUCCUGGGCCACUGUACGCUUGAGAUGGAUAUCAUACAUACAAGAAGUUACAUGGAUGUUUUCACUUACACUGGAUUCCUGACUCGAACUCUCCAGCUUCAUUUUUCAUGGACACAUUGCAGCAAACUGCAAAUGGACAUUUGCAUAGAUGGCUGUAUUCUCAUCCACAGACAUGGAUUGUAGCUGAGAUAUACGACUAAUGAACAGAAGUGUUGCCAGGGACGCAGCUCAUCCUGAAUGACUGUUGUGGCAUGGUUUUGUUUAGUUAAGCCAGUGCCACAUGAGUUAAACUGUGUAUAUAUUUAUUUUUUUGUCCUUUUUGUUAUGCACUUGCUUACUAACUGUACAUCAGUAAGACUCAAUUAAAAGCCUUUUAUUAU